AUGGCUCUAUGGGGCGUCGUCAGCCUCAGCCUUCACUGCUGGGUGUGUUUACGGUCUGCGGUAAUAGCAGCAGCAGCCACAGCCAGCCUCCCCAAUGACAAGCCCGGGGGCCCCCUGGACUGGCUUCUGUCUGAUAAAGGGCCUUUCCACCACUCCCCAGAGUACAUUGACUUUGUGGAGAAGAACCGCCAAGGCUUCUCCACCAGAUACAAGAUAUACAGGGAGUUUGGAAGAUGGAAGGUGAACAACCUGGCAGUGGAAAGGAGAGAUUUCUUGGAGUCUCCGUUACCUCUGACUCCUGAGUUCAUCAGGAACAUCCGACUCCUGGGCCGCAGGCCCACCACCCAGAUGAUCACUGACAAUCUGAUCCGGAAGUAUGGCACUCACUUCCUGCUGUCAGCUACACUGGGAGGAGAAGAGGCCUUAACGAUAUUUGUGGACAAGAGGAAACUGAGUAAGAAAGCAGAGGUGAGCGAUUACUCGGGUAACUCCUCCACUGUGACCCUGGAGGCUCUGCACCAGCUGGCUGCCUCCUACUUCAUCGACAGGGAGAGCACCCUGCGCAAGCUGCACCACAUCCAGAUCGCCUCCACUGCCAUCAAGGUGACAGAGACCCGCACAGGUCCUCUUGGAUGCAGUAACUAUGACAACCUUGACUCUGUUAGCUCUGUGCUGGUUCAGAGCCCCGAAAAUAAAGUCCAGCUGCAAGGCUUGCAGGUGAUCCUUCCGGACUACUUGAGAGAAAGUUUUGUGCAGGCUGCGCUCAGCUACAUAGCCUGUAAUGGAGAGGGCGAAUUUGGCUGCAAGGACAAUGACUGCUGGUGCAACUGUGACCCCAAGUUCCCAGAGUGCAACUGUCCUUAUAUGGACAUCCAAGCCAUGGAGGAGAGCCUGGAGAGGAUCACAGAGACCUGGGGGAUCCUCUAUAAAGAGUUUGAGGAAUCAGAUGAAUUCAAGGCGUUCUAUGCGAGGCUGCCGCAGAACUAUUUCCUGAAUGUGUCAACUAUCCAACACUUGUGGUCCAUGGACAACUUGUUCCAGUGGCGAUAUGAGCAGCUGGAGAACAGCAUGCGGGUCCUCUCCAAACGAGCCCAGAGAGUCAUUUUCAAGCUCUUCAGUCUUAGUAAAAGAUGUCACCGACAGCCCCAAGUCCGCCUGCCAAGAGAACGGCCCCAGUCCUACUGGCUGAGUCAUUUCCAGUCACUCCUGUACUGCUCAGAGAACAACCAACUUGGUGCAUUCUCUGAGGAGCUCCACAGCUGCAGCUGUCGAUACGAGCACAGCCCCUGUCAGCUGCCGCCGCCCUGCUCUGUUGGGGAGGGCUCGGCCUGCGCGGCGUGCGCACCAGACAACCACACCCGCUGUGGGAGCUGCAACCUGGGCUUCGCUCUGGUGCAGGGGGUCUGCAGGCCCAUGGUGGCGGACUCCACAGAGAACUACCUGGGAUUCGAGACGGACCUUCAGGAUUUGGAGCUGGGCUACCUGCUGCAGAGAGCCGACCGCAGGCUAGAGGUCCACGCAAUCUUCAUCAGCAAUGACAUGAGACUCAACAGCUGGUUUGACCCAUCGUGGAGAAAGAGGAUGCUGCUGACGCUGAAGAGCAACAAGUACAAGUCUAACAUGGUCCACAUGCUGCUGGGAAUAUCCCUCCAGAUCUGCCUUACAAAGAACAGCACCCUGGAGCCUGUCCUCACUCUCUACAUCAAUCCAUUUGGAGGGAGCCACUCAGAGAGCUGGUACAUCCCUGUCAAUGAGAACAGUUAUCCAGACUGGCAGGCCACCAAGCUGGACCUACCCUUCGAGUGCUAUAACUGGACUCUGACGCUGGGCAACAAGUGGAAGACGUUCUUUGAAACUAUUCAUAUCUACCUUCGGAGCAGGAUAAAGACUCAAGAUGGAGUGAAUGACAGCGUUUAUUACGAGCCUUUAGAAAUGACGGAUCCUGCUCGGAACCUUGGCUACAUGAAGAUCAACAGCAUCCAGGUCUUUGGCUACAGCAUGCACUUUGACCCGGAGGCAAUCCGUGACUUGAUUCUGCAGCUGGACUACCCGUACACCCAAGGUUCCCAAGACACGGCCAUGCUUCAGCUCUUGGAAAUACGCGACCGAGUGAACCGGCUGUCCCCUCCAGGUCAACAGAGGUUGGACCUGUUUGCUUGUCUUCUGCGGCACCGACUCAAACUGACUGCCAGCGAGGUGGUCCGCAUUCAUGCCUCCUUGCAGGCCUUCAGCUCACGUCUGCCCAGUUCGAUGGACUACGAGACCACCAAGCUGUGCAGUUAA